AUGAUGGACAUGUCGGAGUUCGGGGAAGCUGCACCUUUCCUCCGAAAAAGUGAGAAGGAAAUCAUGGUGUUGCAGACAGUGGCUUUUGAUGGAAAGAAGAAAUGUUGGAUCCCUGAUGAAAAGAAAGCAUAUAUUGAAGCAGAGAUCAAAGAGAGUGGUGCUGGCAAAGUUACAGUAGAGACAACAGAUGGGAAGACUCUUACUGUAAAAGAAGAUGAUGUUCAGCAGAUGAACCCUCCAAAGUUUGACAUGAUGGAAGAUAUGGCUAUGUUAACCCAUUUAAAUGAAGCUUCUGUGCUAUAUAAUUUGUAUAGACGCUACUCUAACUGGAUGAUUUAUACUUACUCAGGCCUCUUCUGUGUGACAAUAAAUCCUUACAAAUGGCUUCCUGUCUACAAAACAGAAGUAGUUUCUGCUUACAAAGGGAAGAGACGCUCAGAGGCUCCUCCCCACAUCUUCUCCGUUGCAGAUAAUGCAUAUAAUGAUAUGUUACGUAAUCGAGAGAACCAAUCAAUGCUGAUUACUGGAGAAUCUGGUGCUGGCAAAACUGUGAACACAAAACGUGUCAUUCAGUAUUUUGCUACCGUUGCAGCAAUUGGUGAACCUGGGAAGAAAAGUCAACCAGCCACCAAAACCGGGGGAACCCUGGAAGAUCAAAUCAUCCAAGCCAACCCAGCUUUGGAAGCUUUUGGGAAUGCCAAAACUCUGAGAAAUGACAACUCUUCACGUUUUGGUAAAUUUAUCAGAAUCCAUUUUGGGACUACAGGAAAGCUGUCAUCUGCUGAUAUUGAAAUCUAUCUUUUAGAGAAAUCCCGAGUUAUUUUUCAACAACCAGGUGAAAGAUGCUAUCACAUCUUCUAUCAAAUCUUGUCAGGAAAGAAAGCAGAGCUACAAGAUAUGCUAUUGGUGUCAACAAACCCAUAUGACUAUCACUUCUGUUCACAAGGUGUUGUUACUGUGGAUAAUUUAGAUGAUGGGGAAGAACUGAUGGCAACUGAUCAAGCCAUGGAUAUUUUGGGUUUUGUUGCGGAUGAAAAAUAUGGUGCCUACAAACUCACUGGUGCAAUUUUGCACUUUGGAGACAUGAAAUUUAAACAGAGACCCAGGGAAGAGCAGGCAGAAGCUGAUGGCACAGAGAGUGCUGACAAGGCUGCUUAUCUAAUUGGAGUGAAUUCUUCUGAUAUGCUUAAGGGUUUGGUGCACCCAAGAGUGAAGGUUGGAAAUGAGUAUGUCACUAAAGGCCAAAGUGUAGAACAGGUUACCUAUUCUGUUGGAGCUUUAGCUAAGGCAGUAUAUGAUCGAAUGUUCAAGUGGCUUGUUACUCGCAUAAAUAAGACUUUGGACACUAAAUUACCAAGACAAUUCUUCAUUGGAGUAUUAGAUAUUGCUGGCUUUGAGAUCUUUGAUUUUAAUAGUUUUGAACAACUUUGCAUUAAUUUCACAAAUGAAAAAUUGCAACAGUUUUUCAAUCAUCACAUGUUUGUCUUGGAGCAAGAAGAGUACAAAAAGGAAGGCAUUGAGUGGGAGUUCAUUGAUUUUGGAUUGGAUCUACAGGCUUGCAUUGACCUAAUUGAAAAGCCCAUGGGCAUCCUUUCUAUUCUUGAAGAGGAAUGCAUGUUUCCAAAGGCUACUGAUAUGACCUUUAAAGCCAAACUUUAUGACAACCACCUUGGCAAAUCGCCCAAUCUGCAGAAACCAAGGCCUGACAAAAGAAGGAAAUAUGAAGCACAUUUUGAACUUCUGCACUAUGCUGGAGUGGUGCCCUAUAACAUAGGUGGUUGGCUUGAGAAAAACAAAGACCCUCUCAAUGAAACCGUGGUGGGUAUUUUUCAAAAAUCUUCCAACAAACUUCUGGCCAGCCUAUUUGAAAAUUAUGUCAGUGCUGACAGUGUUGAUCAAAGUGGAGAGAAGAAACGCAAGAAAGGGGCUUCCUUUCAGACAGUGUCAUCAAUGCAUAAAGAAAAUUUAAACAAAUUGAUGACUAAUUUACGAUCUACAUCUCCUCACUUUGUGCGAUGCAUUAUUCCCAAUGAAACAAAAACUCCAGGGGCAAUGGAUGCUUUCCUUGUCCUCCAUCAACUUCGCUGUAAUGGCGUCUUGGAAGGAAUCCGCAUUUGUCGCAAAGGCUUUCCUAAUAGAGUCAUUUAUGCUGACUUUAAACAAAGAUACCGCAUCCUGAAUCCUUCUGCAAUUCCAGAGGACAAGUUUGUGGACAGCAGAAAAGCUGCUGAAAAAUUACUGGGCUCUUUGGAUAUUGAUUGUAACCAGUACCGCUUUGGGCACACCAAGGUUUUUUUUAAAGCUGGUCUCCUAGGCCAUCUGGAAGAAAUGAGAGAUGAGAGAUUAGCCAAGAUUUUAACACUAAUUCAAGCAAGAGCCCGAGGCAAACUGAUGCAUACUGAGUUCCUGAAGAUGCUAGAACGAAGAGAUGCCCUGCUUGUGAUCCAGUGGAACAUUCGAGCUUUCAUGGUUGUGAAAAACUGGCCUUGGAUGAAGCUAUUUUUUAAGAUCAAACCCCUCCUAAAAUCAGCAGAGACUGAAAAGGAAAUGGCUAAUAUGAAAGAAGAGUUCCUGAAAUUGAAGGAGGCCUUAGAAAAAUCAGAAGCCAGAAGGAAGGAGCUUGAAGAAAAGCAAGUUUCUCUUGUACAGGAUAAGAAUGACCUGCUCCUCCAGCUGCAAGCAGAGCAAGAUACCCUUGCAGAUGCAGAAGAACGAUGUGAUUUACUGAUUAAAUCUAAGAUCCAGAUGGAAGCCAAAGUUAAAGAACUGACUGAACGGGUAGAAGAUGAAGAAGAGAUGAACUCUGAGUUGACAUCCAAGAAGAGAAAGCUGGAGGAUGAAUGUUCUGAGCUGAAGAAAGAUAUCGAUGACCUUGAAAUUACUUUGGCAAAAGUUGAGAAAGAAAAACAUGCUACAGAAAAUAAGGUUAAAAACCUAACAGAAGAAAUGGCAGCACUAGAUGAAACUAUCAGCAAACUUACAAAAGAAAAGAAAUCUUUACAGGAAGCUCAUCAACAGGCCUUAGAUGACCUGCAAGUAGAAGAAGAUAAAGUCAAUACUUUGAGCAAGGCUAAAGUAAAACUGGAGCAACAAGUUGAUGAUCUUGAAGGCUCUCUGGAACAAGAAAAGAAAGUGAGGAUGGAUCUGGAAAGAGCCAAACGAAAACUGGAAGGAGACUUGAAACUAACUCAAGAAAGUGUCAUGGAUUUAGAGAAUGAUAAACUGCAACUGGAAGAAAAGUUAAAGAAGAAAGAAUUUGAAAUCAGUCAAAUGAGCUCUAAGAUUGAAGAUGAACAGGCCAUAGUGCUGCAGCUCCAGAAAAAGAUAAAAGAGCUUCAGGCUCGUAUAGAGGAGUUGGAGGAAGAACUGGAAGCUGAAAGGGCUGCCCGAGCGAAAGUGGAGAAGCAGCGAUCAGAUCUGGCCCGAGAACUAGAAGAACUGAGUGAGCGACUAGAGGAAGCUGGAGGUGCUACUUCAGCACAGCUGGAAAUGAACAAGAAACGUGAGGCAGAGUUUCUCAAACUACGACGAGACCUUGAAGAAGCUACUUUGCAUUACGAAGCUACUGCAGCUACCUUAAGGAAGAAGCAUGCGGACAGCAUGGCAGAGCUUGGGGAGCAAAUUGACAAUUUGCAGAGGGUCAAACAAAAACUGGAGAAAGAGAAAAGUGAGCUGAAGUUAGAGGUCGAUGAUCUAUCAUCUAACAUGGAGCAGCUGGUCAAGGGAAAGGGAAAUGCAGAGAAACUCUGCCGUACUUUUGAAGAUCAUCUCAGUGAGGCCAAGACUAAAGUAGAUGAAAUGACCCGGGUGAUAAAUGAUCUCACUGCGCAGAAAGGGAAGCUGCAAACUGAGAACGGUAAGUUAUUGGACAGUUCUAGUCUUAAUGGAGUCAGUCAUUGUGUCAGUCUCCUUCAUGCCUCAUGGGCAGAGGAAAUUUCAGAUCUAACUGAUCAGAUCAGUGAAGGAAACAAGAACCUUCAUGAACUAGAGAAAAUGAAGAAGCAGACUGAGCAAGAAAAAGCAGAAGUCCAGCUAGCCCUGGAAGAAGCUGAGGGAGCUCUGGAACAUGAAGAAAGCAAAACAUUACGCUUUCAACUGGAACUUUCCCAAAUUAAAGCAGACUUUGAACGAAAAUUGGCAGAAAAAGAGGAGGAAAUUGAUAACUUCAGGAGAAACCAGCAGCGUACAAUAGACACACUUCAGUCUACCUUGGAUGCUGAAGCUAAAAGCAGAAGUGAAGCUGUCAGGCUGAAGAAAAAGAUGGAAGGUGACCUCAAUGAAAUGGAAAUCCAGCUGAGCCAUGCUAACCGGCAUGCUUCUGAAGCAACUAAGGCCACACGCAUCCUCCAGGCUCAAAUAAAGGAACUGCAAGUGCAGCUUGAUGAUUCAACACAUCUUAAUGAGGAUUUCAAAGAGCAAUUGGCAGUCACUGAUCGACGUAAUACUCUUCUCCAAUCUGAGCUGGAUGAGCUGAGGGCUGUGCUGGACCAGACAGAACGUAGUCGUAAAUUGGCAGAACAAGAAUUAUUAGAAGCCACUGAACGUGUCAACCUUCUGCACACCCAGAAUACAAGCCUAAUCAACCAGAAGAAGAAGCUGGAGACUGAUGUUACUCAAAUACAAACUGAGGUGGAAGAAGCUAUACAGGAAUGCAGGAAUGCUGAAGAAAAGGCCAAAAAAGCAAUCACUGAUGCAGCAAUGAUGGCUGAAGAACUUAAGAAAGAGCAGGACACCAGUGCUCACUUGGAGCGCAUGAAAAAGAAUAUGGAACAGACUAUCAAAGAUUUACAGAAGAGACUUGAUGAAGCAGAACAAAUUGCCCUCAAAGGGGGCAAGAAGCAGAUUCAGAAGCUGGAAUCAAGGAUUCGUGAGCUAGAAAAUGAUCUAGAGGUAGAAGUUCGUCGAAAUACUGAGUCCCAGAAAGGAGUCCGCAAAUAUGAGAGGCGCAUCAAGGAAUUGACUUACCAGGCAGAAGAAGACAAAAAGAAUUUGACAAGAAUGCAGGAGCUAAUUGAUAAAUUGCAACUGAAAGUAAAAAGCUACAAGCACCAAGCAGAAGAAGCUGUAAAUGCCUCAAAAAAGAUAUAUUUCACAGGAAUUGGCAGAGCUAAUAAAAAUAUACUUAAAUACUAUACGAAGUACAGUGUAAAUAUGCUUGGUGGAAUGCUGAAAGAAAGAGGCUAUAAAGAAAAAUGCAUAUAA